GGCCGCGGUCCCGCCGGCACCGCCCGCCAUGUUUCCCGGCAGCCCGCCCUGUCCGCCGCCCGCCUGAGCCUCCCGGCGGCCGCCCCGGCCCGGCCCGGCCCGGCGGCCGCCCGCCCGCCUGCCUGCCUCCGCCGCUGGGACGCUCCAAAGCAGAAGCAACUCCUGAAAAUCUGUGGUGGCUACCAUCCAUCCGGUUCCCUCCGCAGGGAUCCAGCCUGACAGGUCUGCUCCCAGUGGGCCCAGCGUGGAGGCGGCUCCUGUGGCUGCUGGUGCCAACAGAGAGGUCAGUUUGGGCUGGGAAAGGAUUUCUGAUCUGGUAAUGGGAACACCAGCCUGAGCUCUGCAAGGGGAGCCCCGAGUGCGGAGUGGAGAUUCCUAUCGCCCAGCUGAGGACAAGGAGGAACAAACCAGAGCUGAUCCACCUCCAUCCCACGGGAGUGCUCUCGGGAGGCUUGGUGCCUUGGAGGAGAGAGGAUGGCUCAGGAGACGAACCAAACCCAGGUGCCUCUGCUCUGUACCACGGGCUGUGGAUUUUAUGGCAGCCCCCGCACCAACGGGAUGUGCUCCGUUUGCUAUAAGGAGUUUCUGCAGAGACAGCAGAGCAGUGACCGGAUAAGCCCCCCAGCCCCCAGUGGUCCCAACGGCAGCCCCAUGGCUUCAGAUUCAAUUGCAGGGCAGCGUGCAGAGGGAGACUCCACGCCUGAGGACACGAAAGCCAGCGCCCAAACUCCUGUGACCCAUCAGAUGACAGCCAUGAGCAUAUCCAGAGAAGAAAACAGCAGCGAGACAGAAGAAUUCAUCAAGACAGAAGAAGCCUCGGCAGCAUCCUCCUCAUCAGGUACCCUGCUUGAAAUAUCCCAGAACACAGCUGAGGGCAAGGCAGCUUCAGAAAAACCCAAACAGAAGAAGAAUCGCUGCUUCACUUGCCGGAAGAAGAUAGGGCUAACUGGCUUCGACUGCCGCUGCGGGAACCUGUUCUGUGCCAUUCACCGGUACUCCGACAUGCACGCCUGCCCCUACGACUACAAGGCAGAAGCCGCCGAGAAGAUUCGUAAGGAGAACCCCAUCGUUAUCGCUGAGAAGAUCCAGAAGUUGUGAAGGGGGCUGAGCCGCUCAAACUGCAGACAGGUGGCCUGGUGCUCCUCUCCUUCUUCCCAGCCUUCCUGCUCUUCCUCCCAGCCCCAUCAGUGGUGCAAUGGGGAUUCCAACAGCACACAGCAACCAGCACCCGGACAUAGGGACUUCUCGCACCUCCUUGGCAGACACUUGCUGUUCCUUCUUUCCCUUCCUGCCUGUCUGACAGCCACAGCCCAGCCGAUCCCUUCUUGACCAGCUUCCCAAGGGAAAAGGGACUGUCCUGCCCUGCUGCUCCAGUGCUGAGACCUUUGGACUUGUCUUCUGCCGGCGCAGUUUGCGUGGCGCGGGCAGCCAGGCUCUUCCAGGCAGCCUUUCCCUUCAUCCAGCAGCUCCGAGUCCUGUGAAACCACCCAGGACUCGUGGCUGGAGCCUGUCAGCUGCUGCUGGACUUUGUUCCCUCUGCCCUUCCAUUUCUUUGUGGCGGAUGUAAAACCGGGAGCCGGGGAAUCCCGGCAGCAAGGCUGCCCUCUGCUCCCGAGAGGUGUUUGGUCUCAGAUGCAGAAAAGAGGAUUCUGUAGUUUUAACGCCCCAAAUACCCCUCCCUUUGAGACGCUGUUGUUGAAGCACCGCGAUGGUUAGGCAGCAGGGCACCAGCACAGUAAAGUUAUUUUGUGGCUUGAAGCAAUGUAGACACGCUCCAGGCGCAGGUCAAGGCCUUUAGGAAGGUACCACUCGCUGCCUCUUGCCACAGGGAGGGAGCCGGCCAGGCUUGCUGCGGCCAGGGAUGUGGCUGGACACCCUUGCACCAGCCUCCUGUGCUUCAACACCCCCUGAAUAACUGCUGGCCCCUUCCCAAGCGAGGUUUGUUGUAACACAGCAGCGCCUGCGCCUCUCCUCUCCCCUCCACUCCCUGCCUUCUGCCUUACACGAGUCUUUCUCAUCAGGGUUGUGCACAAAGCUCAGAUCGCCAAACCUCCGCUUCCUUUCCUGUCCCUGCAUGCAGGCAGAUGGCGGGGACCCUUCCUCCCCCGUGGGCCUCGCUGAUACUCGGUGACAGCUUUUCUCCCUGUGAGCACGUUGGCUCGGGAAGCCCACCCAGCUGCCCUGCUCUCCUGUCUCCCUGCUUGUCCCCAUGGGAGGAGAGGCAGAGCCAGAUGCAAAACGCUCCAAAAGAUGGACAGAGGGAUGUGGGACACAGGUAAAGGCACAUGGAGGGCUGCAGGGUGCAUGGAAAGUCAGGAGGAGGAUCCUGGGGUGCCCAUAAGCACAGGCAAGGGCUUUCAGAAAGGCCUGUGGAGAGCCCCGGGGAGCAGCGAGAGGCACUUGGGAGGGCUCUGGGCCCUCUGAAACACUCAUAGAGGUCUCAGGGUUUCUGGAAGACUCAGGGAGGGCUCUGGGGUAGAAGAGGAGGUGAAAGGAGAGCUUUGGGGUACACUGAAAGCGCUUGGGUGCCCUAAAAGGCACUUGGAGUGCUCUGGGGUGUGCACACACACGUGGAGGGCUUUGGGGUGCAGGGAAAGCCAAAUGCCAGGCUUGGGAGCACUCCAGAAAAAACGUGGAGGUCUCUGAGGCUGUUAGAAAGGAUAACGCGGGGCUCAGGUACACAGCGCAAGGCAGGCAGAGGCUCCCACACUGAAAGCCUCCUCCACACCACGCAGGGUCUGUGCCCACCUUGCCGGGGAGGAUUCUCCUCUCUGGGAACGCCAGGAGUGGGGCUGCAGCCAUGGUGCUCCUGGCGGUCUCGCAAACAGAGAAACACGGACAGGUCCUGAGGGAAAAGCAGCGGCCUCUGCCCCACUUCUGGCCAUCCCACGCUUUGGAAGCGUUUCCCUCUGCAUCAGCUCGUAUAAGGGCGUCGGGGAGCGGUGCUGCAGGGGCUGAAGCAGCAGCCAGGAGAAGUCACGGCAGCUCCUUCCAAGUGUGAGUUUGUUCCCUGGUUUAUGGCAAUUCUGCCCCAGUGAUUGCAGGGGGAUUGUUCCGAAGGCUUUAGUUUUCCUGUCUGAUUUCAGCCAAAGCGGUGUGUGCCUUGCGGCAGCUAUCAUCAUAUGGUGUUGCUGGGAGGAUUCGGACCUCCAAAAAUGAUGCAAAUCUCCUGGCAGCGCGGAGCAGAGGCGAGGCUGGGUCCUGCCAGCCUUUUCCUCAGGUUUGUGCUUCUGGGCAAUAUAAGCGUCACGUCCGGAGCACGCGAGUGGUGGCACGUUUCAGUGCUGGGACGCACCUGGGCCGUACGUGCAGUGCCGGUGGUGCAUGGCGAGGCUGGAUUUCGCCAUUGAGGUUUUGGCUGAGAACGAGCCGUCGCUCUGGAGGGGAAGAGUUGUGAGAAAUUGCCACUGCCCCUUGCCUUGCAUUCACACGAAGGGCGCGAGUCCCUGGGGAGGGAAAUCGGCUCCCGCGGAUGCAACGGGAACCAAAAGGGGCAGCCGCCUGCUUUUCCACCACCUACCUUUUUCCCUUUUAUUUUUUUUUCCUCUUCAGAAGUGUAAAUAUUAAUACAGUCUAGUUUGCUUGGC